CCGACAUGUCAUAAGAGCCACUUCCUUCCGGUCUAGAAGGGUCGACCGUCAAAAAUGCCACUGAAGUAUCGUGUCAGAAAUGUGCUCGUUCUGGGGGCCCUAGUGGGCGGAAUAGGUCUUACGCUUUAUCCCAUCAUGAUUCAGCCAUACAUGCACCCGGAAGAAUGGCAGAAAAUGCAGAGAAGUACAAGAGCAGGUAUUGACCGGGAAUCUAUACAGCCUGGAGGAAUGAAGGUUUGGAGCAACCCUUUCGAAAAGAAAAACUAAGUGUUUUUCGCAAGAUAGGCUGUGAGAUCGGAACACAGACACGAAGGACAGCUUAGUGAGAUGUGUAUUUCAGCUGGACACUGUUGUGACAGUGAUAUCAAAUGUGUGAAAGAUGUGUGUCAGAGUGUGAUCUUUGUAUGGACAUUUGUAUCUUUAUGUAAAUAAAAUAUACAUGAAUUGAGAA